UUCAGCCUUUACAGCGUAAGGCAGGGGAGGGUAGCAGAGUGUUUGGCUGUGUCUUGAGUGAUGGCGCGCACGAAGCAGACAGCGCGGAAGUCGACAGGCGGGAAGGCGCCGCGCAAGCAGCUGGCCACCAAGGCGGCCCGCAAGAGCGCGCCGGCCACGGGCGGCGUGAAGAAGCCGCACCGCUACCGGCCCGGCACGGUGGCGCUGCGCGAGAUCCGACGUUACCAGAAGUCGACGGAGCUGCUGAUCCGCAAGCUGCCCUUCCAGCGCCUGGUGCGCGAGAUCGCGCAGGACUUCAAGACGGACCUGCGCUUCCAGAGCUCGGCCGUCAUGGCGCUGCAGGAGGCGAGCGAGGCCUACCUGGUGGGGCUCUUCGAGGACACCAACCUGUGCGCCAUCCACGCCAAGCGCGUCACCAUCAUGCCCAAGGACAUCCAGCUCGCCCGGCGCAUCCGCGGUGAGCGUGCCUGAGGCUCCUGCUGGAGCCGGUGCCUCUUCGCCACCACCAAACCCAAAGGCUCUUUUAAGAGCCACUCUCAUGUACAAUGGAAAGAGCUGUUGACACGAUGACAGUGUUACAAUAAUUGUGUGAUUAUUAAUCUCCCCUUUUUGCAAUUCUUAUGUAUAUUCAUGUAGAAUCUGGGUGUUUCUUAAAUCAUG